AUGGGUCACGUAUGUUUGGAAGGUCUCUGCUGCGCUCUGCCUCGGUGUCCAAAUGGCAUAAUAUCUUUGGGGAUUUGCACAAGAACAGCUGACUGUGGACGCGUAGGUGUUGAAUGCACUUCUGGGGCAUGUUGUCCUCUACCAACCUGCCCAAAUAACCAAGUCGCCAUACAAAGAUGCUCGAGAGGCUGCGCCAAUUGCUGCCCCUUGGGGCAUUCUUGUGUGAACGGCGGCUGCUGUCCUUUACCACAGUGUCCAACAGGCAACACUGCGCUAACUUUCUGUAGUCCUCGUUCGUGCUCAACUGGGAGUGAAUGUGUGAAUGGAGGUUGUUGCCCUUUGCCCCGCUGUCCGUCCGGACUUCAAGCUUUGCAGCGGUGCCAAAUGGGCAUGGGAUGUGCGCCGGGACACCAAUGUGAGAAUGGUGUGUGCUGUGCUAUGCCGAUGUGUUCAACGGGUGUGGUUGCCGCAUCGGUAUGCGGUGCUGGCAACAGCUGUCCUAUAGGUUUCGUCUGUGAAGGAAGAGGAUGCUGCCAGGAGCCGCCUCCAAUCUGCCCCAAUGGCGGUCGAGCAUUUCAAAGAUGCAGCCGAGGAACAGAGUGCCCUCCUGGUUUUGGAUGCACACCUCUUGGAGGAUGUUGCCUGCUAUCUAUGGAACCAGUAUGUCCACCGCAAAGUCAUCCUAUAUGUCAGUGCUCACCGAACAGGGCUUGCCCUAUGGGUGCAACGUGCACCAUGGGAACGUGCUGUGCCGCAGCUUCCGCCUUGGCUCAAUUUAGUCAAAUUCCUGGAUCCAAAUGCCAAGCAUCAAGUCAAUGCAAUGGCUAUAUGAACUCAUGCGCUCAGUGCACACAGGGAAUUUGUGCCUGUGUGAACGGAGCUGCGUCGAAUGGAGCCAGUUGCCUCCAAAUGCCCGCGAAAACGUUGAUCCUUGCUCGGAAUGGAUGUGAUCAGUACGGAUCGCCUUGCAACGUAUACUUGUCAUCAGCUCGCCGGAAACCAAUAAUCGCGCCUGUCGGGAAUAUCACGGAAACUCCUCUCUUUUUCAAUGUCGCCAAGGAACGACAUUGUGUAUCCAACUCCACCAUCCCAGACUUUGAUCCCGAUAGCACCUGCCUUCCUAAUGAGAAAUGCAUCGAUGGAAUAUGCCGCAUGAAACUAUGGCCGGGCGAGUAUGGUUGUAUCAGCGAUGAAGAAUGUUCCUCGCGUUGUGUAAAUACGUAUUGUGAGAGGAAGAGGAGCGACAAAAACGUUGCUCAAUGUCAGUGCCGCGAUGGCUUGCUCCUCUUUGGGCGGUGCUUCUCUCAGUGCCCGCAUGGUUUUCAUGAAUCGGGCGCUUACUGCAUGUAUGACAAUGAAGAUCUGUUCUGGGCAGAUGGUGACGCCCAAGAUCACAUCAAAGCUCUCUUGAAUGCUUCUCCAUGCUGA